UUGUUUUUUGUAUUUUAAACAAUUUGGCUUUGGAAAAAUGUGAAAGGAAAUUUUAAAUUUCCUUGAAAAUUAAAGAUACAUAUGUACAUUCGUACGUACAUUGAAGAUAUUCUAGCAAGAGACACACGGGCCCCACGCAAUUCAUAUAAACCGCGAUUAAGUACCAGAAUUUCGCAAUCAAGCAGAAAAAAUAUAAAUAAAAUUAGAAAAUUGCCCUUACAUGGUGGUGGAAGCAUAAUGCAUAGAACUAGUGGAAUAUCCAAUAGAACUGAAAAUGAAAAUUGUUUAAUGGAAAAUAAUGACACCAAUGUUGAGGAGGAAAAAUAUGAUUACUUUGAAAAUGAUCGUGAUCGUGAUCGGGCGGGUCAUUAUCAAUAUGGAGAUUUUAAUAUGUCAAACCAGGAUGGUGUGGGCUAUCGUUCACCCUGCGUUAGCUUGCAACAACCAUUUCAAGGCUCUACAUCACCAGCUGGCCAAGGGCGUUCUGUGCGGGAAUUUGAAGAACAAAUGGCCUCAUUGCGCAAAGAAAACUUCAAUUUGAAAUUACGCCUGUAUUUCAUUGAGGAGAGUAUUCCUGGCUAUCAGCAGGCUUCGAAUUCUUCAGAGGGUCAGGAGACGCUUAUGAAACAACUCAUCGAUGCCCGUGUGGAAAUGGAAAUUUUGCGCAAAGAGAUUCAGGAGAAACAAGAUCUUCUCAAAGAAGCCGCUCAGGCUAUGACCCAAAUGGAGAAAAUACAAAAAGACACCGAGUUCAAAUACCAAGAAAUGUUGGAGGAACUUAAGCAGAAGAAUCAAUAUUUGGAAAUGGAUCGCGAAAUGGAAAAAUCCAAAGGAAAUGCAGAACUGAUGAAUGAUUUAAUGGGACGUUCGGAAAUCCAGGAGAAUAUAAAUGCAUUGCAAAGAAUACGCCAACUUGAGGAUUUGCUUAGGCAAUCCGAUGAUAAACUAGAGGAUUUCCAACAGCAAAUAUCAAAACUUUAUGAGAUUUUAGCCAAACGUGAUGAGACCAUUCGAGAGUACGAGGACAAAGUCAAAGAGUUGGCCUUCCAAAAUGCAGAACUUCUGGAAAAUGCAGAGAACCGAAAUAUGGAAUUAGUUACUAAAGAGCGUUCAAUAAAAAGCCUUCGCUCUGCGAAUGUUGAAAUGAAGGCUGAAAACGAAAAACUUUGCAUUGCAUUGAAAAGCACUCAAGACAAUUUUCGCAAGGAAAUGUUCAAUACAAAAAUGUGCGAAAGCCAAUUGCAUAAUCAACAAGAAGCCUUAAGUAGAAUGCAAAGCCAACAGCUUAAACAGGAUUUACAGAAAUGCAAAAUGGAGAUAGCCGAUAAAAUGUGUGUUGUCCAAGAAUUGGAGGAAAAACUGAGCACAAGAGAUCAACUAUAUGACAAAGCACGUUUCACCAUACAAAAAUUAAUGUUGCAUAUUAAAAAUCAACAGGGUGAAAUUAAUCGCCUCAAGAACCAUAAUUCCAGUCAACAAGCAGAAUCCACUAGUAUGCCAAGUAAUGAAAAGGAGACUAAUGUUGUUACUGGUAUAAGUGGUCUAGAGGUUACCGGCUUUUGUGCAUCUCUUAGCGAUUCUGAGGCCAUUAAUGACUUGUCUUCGACCCAAAAACAAAAAUAUGAAACCAUCAUUGAACAACAAGAGGCAACCAUACAGACACUGAGAGCUGACGUUAAAAAGAAAACUGCCGAUUUGCAGAAUUUUGUAAACAAGGAGCUAUGGGAGAAAAAUCGUGAAAUUGAACGCCUUAAUAAAAUGCUAAGCAAUAAUAGUGGUGCCACAAACUCACCCACAUCACCACGCAAAAAUAAUUCAAGCCAAGACAAUGGAAAUGAAGGUCAACAAUCAUUUUCAGGUGUGGAAUAUGCCAAGGCAGUGCAGCGUAAUAAACUGUUGCAGCGUAAAGUUGAUAUUCUUUUGCAGCGUUUGGGUGCCGAACGUAAUACGGAUGCAGUUAUUUCACAGUUACGCAUCGAACUGAAACAGGCUCAGGCCAAUGCAGAGAAUGCGGAGAAGUGGCGAAGACAAUGUGCCGAUCUAUGUUCCACUUUAUCUACGCGACUGGAAGAGUUGGCAGGUUUUCUUAACUCAUUGCUCAAGCACAAAGAUGUAUUGGGUGUUUUGGCGGUGGAGAAACGUAAAGCUAUGCGUAGAGCCGUGGAUCGCAGUUUGGAUCUUUCGAAGAGUCUAAAUAUGACUCUUUCUGUAUCCGGCAUAUCAAUGAUUGACCAGUCUUUAGCAGAGCUGCAUAAUCUCUCCGAUAUAUUGGGCGAUGUGGAUAUCGGUUUAGUCAAUGAAACAUUUAACUCACACGAAGAGUUGCAUGCUGGCAGCCAACAACAAUCCAUCGAAACAUUGAAGGCAGAGAAUAAGGCUCUAAAGAAGGAGUUAGACAAACGCCGCAGCGCUGACAACAAAAAAGAAAGACGUUCUCUUCCAUUGAAUGUUAUGUUAGAGAAUCGGGAAAGUGAAUCCGAGGCCUGGUCAGAGCCAGACCGCAAGGUUUCCUUGGCCCGCAUAGGCUUAGAAGAUCAUUCAGCUUCACUCUUGCCUCCGGCAGCUAAGGAGCAACCCAAUACCCAGCAGGCUGAAACAGAUAGUGACUUCAGUGAAUCAGCCCAGCUGGAUAGCCGCGCCAUGAAAUCGCGUAACCAAGAACGAAUCAAUCAAUUGGAGCAUAUCAUCCAACAACGCGAUAAUCGCAUACUAGAGCUUCAAUGUCAACUGGUCGAUGCCGACAAUCUGCUUAAGAAGGAGCGCAUUCGCGUCGACGAGGUGACCAAUGAAUUGGAAGAAUUAAGAAACCGCAAUAAGGAAUUGCACGAUGAUCUAGUAGCCAUAGGUUCCCAGGAGCCUUCAAAUGUUUUCAAUGAAUCUAUGCUGCUGCAACAGAUCGAAGAAAAAACUCGUUCCAUGGAGAAAAUGCAAGAAGAACAUGAGCGUUUGGUAGUGGAGUCACGCUUGGCCGAAUUGCAAAUUAAUUCGAUGAAAGAAGACAUGGAAAAUAUGAGAAUAAAACACGAAGAAGCUCUUACACAGGCCAAUGAGAAAGAGCAAGAGAAACUCAACCAGCUGCGGCUAGAAAUGGAAGUCUUGUUGCAACAAUCUUUGCAAGCCAAGGAGGAGGAAUUUGAAGGUCAUCGCAAGCAGUUAGCUGAUUUGCAACGCUUAUACAUGGAGGCUCAGCGUACAAUAGAAUGUCUGCAUGAAAAUGAACAAGAGCUGAAACAAACCCUAGUCGAAUCAGAGUUGGCCGCUAGAAAUUUGCAGAAACAAAUUGAUGAGAGUACUUUGAGGGCUUCCAAGGCUACAACGGAGCGUGUCAAAGCACUGAAUGAUAAAUUACAAUUGGAAAAACGUUUUGAAGAGUUGAACCAGGAAUUGAGCAGCUAUCAGCAGCAGGUGCUGGAACUGCAAAACGAAAGAAAGAGUCUUAUGGAAAGUUUAGCUGCAGCCGAGGCCCAAAAAGUGGCCAUACAAAAUCAACAUAUGAAGAGAGAAGAUGUCUCAGGCUAUACAUCAGAAGAAGUGCCCAUGGCUGCGACGGUGACAACAACAGCGGGAGCAGCAGCCCAAACAGUGGCCCAGCAACGCACGCAAAAUUAUUCACCAGAUUUGGGUAUAGAAAGCGAUGCUGGUCGCAUAUCUAGUGCGGAAUUAAGCAGUGCUCAAAUGCCGCUGCUGAAGACAGUGGAAAUCGGUUCCAUUAAGAAGGGUGAUCAAAACUCUAAUGAAGAACCUUCAGAUUCAAGUUUGGAAAAUAUAAAGCCAUCCAAUGUCCCGCCCACAGCUGGUGAUCAAGAAAAUGCCAACAAAAAGCACGAUUGCGCCAAGGUAGACCAAGAAAACGCUGAAUUGCGUCGUAAAUUAUUACGCACUAAACGUGCCUUCGAAGACACUUAUGAAAAACUCCGCAAUGCUAACCAGCGGAAAGCACAAAUCGAAAAAGACAUUAAAAAUCAAAUACUCAAAACGCACAAUGUCCUCAAGAACGUACGUUCCAACAUGGAGAAUGAGUUGUAACGUACGUCGAUGCCAUCCGAACGAUCCUUAGUUCACCGCCAUUACAAUUUCAACCAACAUUCACAUUUUGCACCAGUUAAAUCAACAAUUACUAAAGACACUUCAUUACUUCAAUGUAUUAUUAACAAAUCAUAAAUUUCUAUUAUUAUGUACAACAAAAUGUUCGUUAUAAGGACUUGAAGGACCAUGAGUGAAGAUCAUGAGAGGUCAAGCCGACCCAUUAAAGAUAAACUCUUUUUUUCCCUUCACCUAAACCGAAGUAGAGGCUUCCUGGGGCUAUGUUCGGCAAAGAAUAGAAGUUUUGUGUAGAACAUUGACCAUAACUAAGUCUCUACCCUCACCUACACCUCUACAUACGCCAUAUAACUUUUAAGUUUUGUAUUAUUGACUACUUAAAUUUAACAUUUAAACUCAUCCUCAAAACUAAAUUUUAAGUUUUUUCUCUCCUUUAAGAUGUUACAACGAUAUAAUAACGAACAACAAUCCUCAUCAUUCAUAUUGAAUGAACUGUUUCUCUACAAUGCACGAUUAAUAAUUAAUUUAUAAAUAAAAACUCCCCUAAAUCCUUACUCACAUUAA